AUUAGAGAAUCUCAGGUAGGUGAGUUUGAUCAGGGUCGGAGUUAAACUCUGCAGUGUACUGGCCCUCCAGGGCAAGAUUUGAAGAAUCCUGCUAUAGGCUGAAGACCUAAAUCACAAAGCUCACAAGAGCAUGAAAAUCAACCAUAUCUCCUCCCUCACACAAAUGACUCAGAGAGAUUUGAUGAAUAAUGAAAAACAGCUGAUGUGCAGAAGCUCACAAUAGGAGCGUGGGACUGAACAGACUGGACGGUUCAUACAUUUGGCUGGGGUGAAAGGGAGCAGACUGGUUUGUUUCAGACUCUGUUAGUCAGUUGUGUGAGCCGCUUUGAUUGGGGCAGAUGAUUAUGAGUUUCCAAAUAGUCUCAUAAAAACCCUGAGCAUUAUGCAGGACUCAGAGGAAUCCAGAGAUAUGGAAAAAAUUUCAGACCAGAUGGAUGGAGGAAAUAUGAGUGCAGGAAAGAAGGGAAGAGAGAAGCGUCUUUCCUCCUCUGACUGGGACAGAAAAGGGACUUCUGUACCCUUAGUGCCAUCAAGUGUACCAAUUCCAGGCCCCAUAAACGACCCCAUCGUUAUUUCCAUCGGCCCUGCCCAGCCUUGUCCCUCUGUUUCUAGUGAGUCCCAGGACCAGGGUCUCUCGAGAGAAGACAACUACAACAGGCAUGGAUGGAGAAGGGAGAACAUGCGAUAUUACCGGUCAACUGGUGAGGGUGGUGUCUCCAAACAAACAAUGGAUGAACUGAAAAGUGUGUUGCGUGAGAGCUCCCUACUCAGUGCAAAAGGGCAAGAUGAAAGCGGGAGCUACCCUCCAGGUCAAAGAGUGGACUGUAAGCCAGACCAGAUGCCAUCUAAGAGUUUCAGCACCUUCAAGCCCCUUUCAGAAGCUAGGAGAACAUCCAGACUAAGAGAAGGAAGUCCUAGCUGGGAUUCAGCUGGUUCUUCGAUGACCGAUGGACCUCCCGGCAGGUCCUCUGGUAUGAGUUCACCCACUGGUGAGACAUCCCAUUUGGAUGAAGCUGGCACAUCACACUCAGACAAGGAAAGCUCACAGGCACUCUCUUUUGCAUCUCAAAGCUUCAUUUCUGACGUUGAGCGCAUAAAACAGCAAAUUGCCCAGGAAAACAUAAGCUUUGUUCGCUUUGAGGCCACUGAUCUUCAUGGCGUGUCCCGAUCCAAGACAGUUCCUGCUCGAUUUUUUCAUGAAAAAGCGGUAUAUGGCAUCCCUAUGCCGAGAAGCUACCUGGAGUUAACCCUAAGCCCCAAAGUCAACGAAGUUGAUCAUCCGAGUGCAGCCAGCUUCAGCAGUGAUGUCCUCCUGGUUGCAGAUCUCUCAACGUUCCAGAUCCUUCCCUGGGCGGACCAGACUGCGCGCCUCAUCUGUGACCCCUGCACGAUCACAGGAGUGCCAUUGCGAACAUCACCCCGCCUCAUAGCCAAGCAGAUGCUGGGCCAGCUCCAGAGCAUGGGAUUCUCUCUCCACUCGUCCUUCACGUAUGAGUGCUGCAUCUUCGGAGCCCCUGAACGAGUGGGCCCUAAAGCUGUGUUCUUCCCUGCCACCACGCUGUUGGGCAACUACGAUCAACCCUUCCUGCAGCAGCUAGUCAGAGGGAUGUACUACAUGGGAGUUGACGUCGAAAGCUUCUCAUCUGCAAAUGGACCAGGACAGAUGGAGAUUUGCUUCAAACCGCGGUUUGGAAUCGAUGCCGCAGACAGCGCCUUCACCUUCCGCACAGGAAUCAAAGAGUUAGCCAGGAAGUUUGACUACAUUGCCACCUUUUUCACAGGUGACAGCAUCCACAAUUCUGGGUUGCUCUCCCAUAGCCUUUGGGAUGCCAGUGGCAGAAGAAGCCUUUUCCACUCAGGCAAUGGGGAACUUUCGGAAAUCGGUAGAAAGUGGCUCUCGGGUCUUCUCCAGCACUCAGCUGCUCUUAGCUGCCUCUUGGCUCCAGGGAUCGGCUGUCGAAACCAGCUUUCCAAAGACAAGAAAAAAUCCAAGAAUCAUUUUUAUGCCACAUGUGGCUGCAACGACAACAGCUCCGCCUUCAACGUGAAGGUUCAUGGUGGACGGGAGACUCACAUCGAUAACAAGCUGGGUUCAGCAAUGGCCAACCCUUACAUUGUGUUGGCAGCCACAAUAGCAGCAGGACUGGACGGUAUUAGACGUAAUCUAAAUGCCGAACAGGUUCUAAGCAAAGCUCCAGCUCAGCAGAAACAGUUCCCGGUCCCUGUUAAACUGGAUGAUGCUUUAGUAGCUCUGGCAGAGGACAGUGUGAUUUGUGGUGCACUGGGAGAGCCUUUCGUGCAGUAUUUUAUUGCCAUGAAGCAUGUAGAGAUUGAGACCCAAGAGCAGGAUGCCGACAGGAGCAAGGGACUUGAGUAUUUUAUUUAACUUCUGAAUUUGCUAAAUGAUUUUGUGUAUUUGAACCCAAGAAAAUAUUUUUCAUGACCCUUUGAUUUGGUAUUAAAGACAAACAAUACCUUCCUUGCCAACAGGAUUUCAAAAUAAAAUCAUACAACUGACUGAUAUCUGCUGCAGACUGAUU